UCUCUCUUUCUCUGUCUUUGUAGGCUGUAGGUGCCUGAAAUGGCCAUUCAUCAGGGGUGUUUGAGUCUCUCUCUCCAGCUCCUCCUGUUGCUUGUUGCCAUGCCACACUACCAGGCUCGUCCUUUCUUUGGCCCACCUACAGUUAAUGUGGCAGUGGUGUUCAGCAGUUCUGGCCACCAGGGUGAAAUAAAGGGUCGUCUGAGCCGGGAGAACUUCCUGGACCUGCCACUGGAUGUGAACCCCAUCACUGUGCUAGUAAAUGAUACAAGCCCUAGUGCACUGCUUACACGCCUCUGUCAGACAAUGGCUGCUGAGAGCCUCCAUGGUGUGGUGUUCGAGGAUGAUGUUGACUCAGAGGCUAUAGCUCAGAUCUUAGACUUUCUCUCCUCCCAGACUUCCAUACCCAUAAUUGGCAUCAGUGGAGGCUCUGCCUUAGUCAUCCCUCACAAGGCUGAAGGUUCGACUUUCCUCCAGAUGGGAGCUUCCAUUGAGCAGCAGAUCAAUACUAUGUUCAAAGUAAUGGAGGAAUACAACUGGGGCAGCUUUGUGGUGAUCACCAGCCUUCAUCCAGGCUAUGAAAACUUUGUGGACUACAUCCACUCUUUCACAGACUCCAGCUACUUUCUUUGGGAGCUGCAGGAUGUGCUAAGCUUUGAGAUGUCAGUGGGAGCCAAUGACAUCCGCUCACGCCGGCUGCUGCAACAGGUGGAUGCUCAGGUGUAUCUGGUGUACUGCUCACACGAGGAGGCUCAGUAUCUUUUCAGGAUGGCAUCUGAUGUCGGGCUCUUGGGACCUGGCUACAUUUGGGUCAUCCCCAGCCUGGCGGUAGGAAACCCAGAGGCUUCACCUCCAGAUAGUUUUCCAAUUGGGGUCAUCAGCAUUAUUUCAGACCACUGGAGGAAAACUCUGCGCCAGAGGGUGAGGGAAGGAGUGGCCGUGGUGGUGCAGGGGGUGUACAGUUUUCACAAGCAUAGAGGAUUUGUUCCUGAAGCUCACAGACAGUGUAACAGUUCAGCAAAAUCAUAUGACCACUAUUCACUUUUUAGACAUAUGAUAAAUGUGACAUGGGAGCACAGAGACAUGUCUUUCAGUUCUCAUGGCUAUCUCACAAAUCCCUCCAUGGUGAUCAUCACUUUGGACCGAGAGAGGCUCUGGGACAAGGUAGGAAGUUAUGAGGGAGGAAUUCUGCACAUGCGCUACCCAGUUUGGCCUCGCUAUGGCAGCUUCUUGGAGCCUGUGUCUGAUAACCGUCACCUGACAGUAGCCACACUGGAGGAGAGGCCCUUUGUCAUCGUGGAGAGUGUCGAUCCAAGCACAGGCACAUGUGUGAGGAACACCGUGCCCUGUCGUCGCCAGGCUAACAGGACUGACGUUGGUAUUGGUCAUUCAGAGCCUUACACCAAACUGUGCUGCAAGGGCUUCUGCAUCGACAUUCUCAAGAAGCUCUCGCGCACCAUCAAGUUCUCCUAUGAUCUCUACUUGGUCACCAACGGUAAACAUGGGAAGCUGGUCCGAGGCAUCUGGAAUGGGAUGAUAGGCGAGGUCUUCUACAAGCGUGCAGAUAUGGCUAUUGGCUCACUCACUAUUAAUGAGGAGCGUUCAGAGAUCAUUGACUUUUCGGUGCCAUUCGUGGAGACUGGGAUUAGUGUCAUGGUAGCUAGGAGCAAUGGCACUGUCUCCCCAUCUGCUUUUCUAGAGCCUUACAGUCCAGCAGUGUGGGUCAUGAUGUUUGUUAUGUGCCUGACUGUUGUGGCUGUAACAGUGUUCAUCUUUGAGUACUUUAGCCCUGUUGGAUACAACCGUAGCAUAAUCAAUGCCAAAGAGCCUGGGGGGCCCACAUUCACUAUUGGGAAGUCAGUCUGGCUCCUAUGGGGGAUUGUCUUUAAUAACUCUGUCCCUAUAGAAAACCCUAAAGGAACAACCAGCAAGAUUAUGGUGCUAGUUUGGGCCUUCUUUGCUGUCAUCUUUCUAGCCAGUUAUACUGCAAAUUUAGCUGCCUUCAUGAUCCAAGAGCAGUAUAUUGACACUGUAUCUGGGCUCAGCGACAAAAAGUUUCAGAAGCCCCAGGAGCAUUACCCCCCUUUCCGCUUCGGCACAGUCCCAAACGGCAGCACUGAGAGAAAUAUUCGCAGCAAUUAUCCAGACAUGCACAGCCACAUGACCAAAUACAACCAAAAGGGAGUGGAAGAGGCUCUCAACAGUCUCAAAACAGGGAAGCUGGAUGCCUUCAUAUAUGAUGCUGCAGUGCUUAAUUACAUGGCUGGCAAGGAUGAGGGCUGCAAGCUGGUGACCAUUGGCAGUGGGAAGGUGUUUGCUACAACAGGCUAUGGCAUUGCUUUGCAGAAGGACUCCCGUUGGAAACGCCCCAUAGACCUGGCUCUCCUCCAGUUCCUGGGAGAUGGGGACACACAGAGACUGGAAACUGUAUGGCUGUCUGGAAUCUGCCAGAAUGAGAAGAAUGAAGUGAUGAGUUCCAAGUUGGACAUAGACAACAUGGCAGGUGUCUUCUACAUGCUACUAGUGGCUAUGGGUCUUAGUCUGCUUGUCUUUGCCUGGGAACAUCUGCUAUAUUGGAAAAUCAGACACUGUGUGCACAAUUCUGACCGUCUAGACUUCCUCUUGGCCAUAAGCAGGGGAAUUUACAGCUGCUUUAAUGGUGUUGAAGACAUGGGAAAAUCUGGAAACUUGCAGAAUCUUGACAUCACAGCAAACUAUGCCCAGGCUAACAUGCUUAAAAUGCUUCAGACAGCCAAAGACAUUGUCUCCUCAGCAAAGGUGGAGAAUUCUUUGGACAAGGCAACAAAAACCAUUGAGAACUGGAGUCGGAAAGGUGGGAGUUUACCAGCACGGAUUCCACAAGUGACCACCACUGAGACACUCCCAGCAAACCUCUCGUACAUUACUAAUAUCACGGAAAAGCACUCAUCCCUUGUGCAGCGCUCUUUACCGCCCCAAUUCACGCAGCAUUAUGCUGAAACUGCCAGUCCACCACAUGCAUCUACUCAAAGACUGAUAUCACACCCAACUCCACUACACUACACCGUCCCUUCCCGAUCUGGUGGCCUGUAUAAUGGGCUGCUUCCCAUGACUAGCGUUAGCACUCCUCAUUUAGCAACAUAUGAUAUGCAUUCCCAAAAGUCAGCCAAAAUGGCCUCUCGUUUCAUCUCACAUAAAGAUUUACAAGCACCAGACAUCUUCGCUGAGCAUCAGGAACCUUGCCACACCUUUGUAGGCCCCAGAUGGAAAAAUAGAUCCCAAAGCUGUCUGGAGGAGUCUGUGGAUCUUAGAGGAUUACACGAUGACAAAGGCCACAAUGUGCAUCUUGCAGAAGUCCAAGCAAACCAUUUUGCUCAUGAUGUACACCCUUCUAUGGAAAUCCCUUAUCGACCAGGCAAUGUUACCUGUAAUUCCUGCAUUAAGACAUAUGCAGAUCCUCGGUUAGAUGGCAUGCCUUUAAUAGGAAAGAGAAAAAUCCAUCGCAGGCCCUCCUUCCUUAAAGCAACCUGGGGCCCAGGCAGGGUGCAGUUUCCAAAUGAAAGGCCUCUUGACCCAGGCUCACGUCAAGUGGACAUGCCAGAUCUGUUUCCUUUCACGGAGGUUUGUAGAAGAGGGAGAAAUAACAAAUACCAACCUUUGCCUGUGGAACACAUUUACCUUCACUCAUAUCGCCGCCAGCCAAGAAAGGGUCAGAAGUUAAGGCACUCCCAGUCCACUUAUCUGCCCUCUUACAGGGAAGCAGUACAUCAUGAUGCCAUAGGUGUGAGGAGGGCCUCCAGCCUUGUACAUAGACAAUACUCCUACCCUGACCUUCCAGCCUACCAGAGCCCACUGCCAUAUGGACCGGUUGAGCUGUGCAACAUCUUCCCCUGCAUGGGCCAUCCUAGUGACAGUGGAUAUAGAGGGUAUAGGGCUCCUGUACACCUGCAGGAUGGCCAUCUGCUCCCUGUUCCAGGCAGCAGGGUGCUUUACAGGGUCGGCUCCCCAGGUGUACCUCUGACAUGGGGAAGGAUCUCUAGUCUGGAGUCUGAGGUGUGACCUUUCAAUCUUAAUUAUUUAUUUUCCACAAAGCUAUUUGCAGUGCCAAGUUUUGAAACUGAAUUCCAGGAACCAGUUUGAAAACUACCUUUGAUUCCUGCCAAAAGAUCUGCAGACCUAUAAACUUUGGGUUUUCUUGUAUUCAAAAAAGUGCAAUAAUACCAAGAUUGUACAAGAUUUUUUUUUUAAUAAUCAGUGUGGUAUAUAGAUAGCUCAUAUUAUCUCUAGUGAAGUGUCCUUUUUUCUUUUACUUUGAGAUAAAUUUGGUAUUGAUCCAUGUAAUCAUCUAUAACACUUACUUUUAUAAACCCUUAAGACAGUCAAAAAUGUUUUUGAGCUCUCUCUCUCUCUCUCUCUCGCUCUCGCGCUCUCGCGCUCUCUCCACAUUGCAGGUUGAAUCAAAUGGUAUUCUAUUAUUAGUAUUAUCAAGUACCUCCAAUGCUUUAAUAAAUCACAAAAGCCUAUCAAUAGAUCCCAUAUAAUUUGUGGCUUUUUUAAAAAGAUGUAACUGAAAGACUUGUCUGAAUGCUACCUUCAGCAUUCAGUACCACAUUAUACUUUAGGUAUUGUGAUUAAAAUAUAGUUCUUCUAUGUCCAUUAUUAUGCAGCUUAUUAUAUAAGAACCAAUAUAAAAAUUUAAGUGUUGACCAAUAAAAAUGUCCAGUAUAAGUUCCUCUAAAUGUCUUAGUAUGUUUUAUGUUAAUGGAAGAUUUUAUUUAUUUUUUUUACAAUAUUCACACUCAUGUUCACACUCCAGAUACAUUUGAAAUGUUUUUUUUUUACA